AUGGCAGUGGCCUACAACAUCCCGGCGAAAUUAUCCCUCGAUGGGAAUCUUAGUGAAAAUUGGAAGACCUUCAAGGAAGCCUUUAGGAUAUACCUAAUUGCAUCUGGGCUAGAUGAAAAGAAUGAUUCCAGGAAAAUCGCAAUAUUCCUCAACUUCAUAGGCGAAGAAGCCCUACGGGUUCAUGAGACCAUCAAGAAAGAAACAGAUACAAAACUUGCAGAGGUCCUUCAGACAUGGCAAGAGUACUGUAACCCUAAGAAGAACACUCUGCACUCUCGCUUUCUUUUUUAUUCUCGCAACCAAAAAGAAGGGGAAUCCGUCAAUUCAUUCCACACAGACUUGAAAACACUGCUGAUGGAUUGUGCCUUCGAUGAUUCUGAUAGCAUGUUGCGUGAUAGACUAGUACUUGGUUCAAAUGAUAAAGACAUUAAAACCAAGUUAAUCAAGAAAGGGGAUCCAUCCCUGAGUGACGUUGUAACAACCCUACGAGCAGCUGAACUUGCAGGUACCCAGGUCAGAGAGAUCAUAUCACAGUCAACAACCGAUGUCUCCACAGUUGACUCAGUUAAAACCUCGUACCAACCUGAGCAAGAAACCUGCAAGAAGUGUGGCUACAAACACAGGACCCCAGACUAUUGUCCAGCCAGCAACAAAACAUGUGCCAAAUGUCAAGGCCGAAAUCAUUUUGCCAAGGUAUGCCGCUCGAAACAAUCAAAGUAUCAACCAGAAAGACCAUCAAAGAAACAACCGAAAAAAGUGGACGAGGCCUGCAUGAACUCUAGUGAUGAAGAUUCUGAAGAAUACUUUUGUGGUUCAGUCACCCAUGAAGCACCGCCUGAAGUCACCCGAUCACAAGCAUGGAUGCAAACAGCAACUCUAGAAGACAGGAUGCAAGUCAACUUCAAACUUGAUCCGGGAGCUGACAUCAACAUUCUUCCAGUGCCAUUAUACUCUCAACUGAAAGAACUCGCUCCGCUAACAUUGCGCUGGUCCCCGUCGCGGGUACAAAGCUGGAACGGCUCCCAGACCCAAGUGAAAGGAACAGUAAUCCUAAAAAUCAAAAUUGGCAACCGUGCCUCAGAAGAAAAAUUUUAUGUUGCAGGUAAUGAACAAUCAAUUCCAAUUCUGUCUAGGGACACCUGUACCAAAUUUCAACUAGUUAAGCGCUUAUCUGUAGAUGAAAUUAUCUCCAAUGAGUCAAAAGAUCCACAAUCAAUCUUAAAUUCCCAACUCUUAAAAGAAAAGGAAGCUAUUAUUUCAGAAUUCAAAGAUAGAUUUCAGGGCGUAGGUAGAAUUAAUAAAGAAUAUUCAAUCAAACUUAAGCCCAACUCACUCCCCUCCUCAUAUCCACCCCACAGAGUACCAUUAAAAGUGCGACCCAAACUAGAAGAAGAACUGAAUAGACUCCUGUCACUCGGAAUAAUUAGUAAAGUAGACAACCCGAAUUCCUGGGUGAAUCGGCUGGUGACCGUAGAAAAACCCAAUGGAGACCUGAGAAUAUGCUUAGACCCAAAAGACCUUAAUGAAGCAAUUGUUAAAGAAUAUUGUUUAAUACCCACUCUAGAUGACUUUUCGUGUAAACUUAAAAGUGCAAAAAUUUUUUGUGUUCUGGACCUCAAAGAUUCAUUCUGGUACAUCCCACUAGAUGAAGCCAGCUCAAAUUUAUGCACCUUCUCGACAAUGUUUGGAACGUACAAGUUUUUAAGGCUCCCCUUUGGAGUAAAUGUUGCCUCAGAAGUCUGCCAGAAAUGCAACAAUGAAAUAUUCGGAGGGAUAGAAAACGUGUUAAUCUGCAUUGACGACAUACUGAUCUAUGAUACCUCAAAGGAAAAGGCCAAACAAACCCUGUUGAAAAUCUUAAAAACAGCCCGAGAGCAUGACAUCAGAUUCAAUGUAAAAAAGUUCCAAUACAUGGUCGAGAGAGUGCAUUACUGGGGUCAGGUAUUUAGUAACGGCACUGUUCAGCCGGAUGAUGAAUCAGUUCAAGCAAUUCUUGACUACGACAUGCCCUCUAGUAAAAAAGACCUGCAGCGCUUUUUAGGAAUGAUUAACUAUUUAAGAGCAUACAUUCCCAACGUGGCAGAAAUAACUGCUCCCCUCAGAGAACUGCUGAAAAAAGAAGUAAUUUUUACAUGGUUAAAUGUUCACUCAGAAACAGUCAAUAAACUCAAACAAAUCAUUAUUAAUCACCCAGUCCUUCAAACGUUUGAUCCUGACAAACAAAUAGUGAUACAGGCAGACGCCAGCAAAAAUGGAACAGGUUGUGUCCUCAUGCAACAAGGGAAACCAGUUAGUUAUGCUUCCAAAGCCCUAUCUAGCACUGAAAUUAGAUACAGCCAAAUAGAGAAGGAAUUUUUAUCAGUCUUGUAUGCCUGUAAACGCUUUCACUCAUUCAUCUAUGGUCAGAAAAUCAUUGUUCACACUGACCACAAGCCAAUCGUGAAAGUAAUGAAAAAAGACAUCAUAAGAAUUCCAUCCAUUAGACUCCAAAGAAUUAGGCUAAAAUUAACCAUCUAUGACAUGGAUGUGCGAUUCCUCCAAGGUUCAAAAAUGCAUAUCGCAGACGCUCUCAGUAGAGCAUGUUCAACCCGAUCCCCUCAUAUAGACACAGACCCAUCCUUAAAUGAAAUUGUGCACUCUUUGAACGUAUCAGAUGAUCUUAGAAUUCAACUCCAGAAUGAAUCUGACAAAGACCCAGCUCUGAAAAUCAGCAUCUCCUUGAAAAUUCUAAUCAUAAAUGGAUGGCCGAGUUCAGAAACGAAAGUUCCAAUCCCUUUAAAAUUAUUUUAUCAAUACAGAAAUGUCCUCUCAAUAGAGGAAUCGCUCAUAUUUCUAGACAAUAGACUAGUGGUCCCAGAGUCCAUGCGCAAAACAAUACUAGAAAAACUUCAUGAGUCCCAUGUUGGUAUAACCAAGCUAGGGCAAAAUACCUUUUCUACUGGCCAAAAAUGA